CAACGGGCUGCGACUGGAACUAUAUAUCACAAAACAGAACAGUGGACAAAACAUCCAAAGGAUGACCUCUGAACCCAGCAACCCCUAUAUCUUCACCUCCGACACGCUGCCCUCUGACUCUCGCUUCCUUCCUCCAAUUGCCAAUGGGCUUUUGGGAUGGAGAGUGUUUGAGAAGAUCAUGCACAUGGGUGGGGUCUACAAUGGGGAAGGUGGAGACUGUCACCGUGCCGACAUACCUUGUCCACUCGCUGUGACAAUGAAGACGGGAGAAGAAGAGCAACACAACUAUAGUUUAGAUACAUACACAGGCGUAUUCACUCACUCCCUCCGUACAGCUCGUGUCUCUGCCACUCAGUCAUUCUACGCACAUCGCUUGCACCCUAACCUGCUGGUCAUGGAGGUGCUGCUGGAGCGACAGGUGACCACUGCGGAACCAAUCACGGUUGAGCUGGAGAGUUCAUUUACUCCGCACAGCGAUGACAUUGCCUUCCAGAAUGGGCCGGAAUACAAGGGGGGCAGCUACAUUUUUGGGCAGGCGUCCUCCUCUGAGGUUCACGGGGGUACGCGCCCCAGCGUUCACAUUAUCUGGACGCCCCUGUCUUCCUCGUUGACGCUGCUGCCAGACCAGAGGCAGUCUCGUUGGGGUUUCCUAGCGGUCCUUGCAGGGGACGGCGAGAGCGUGCAGAAGUUCUUCGACACCGGGCUGGAGCUCAUCGCCAGCGGAGACCUUCGCCCCUCCCACUACAGAGCGUGGGCGGAGCUAUGGCUGGGCAGCAGGGUGGAGCUUGCGGGGCCUGAAACCAUUAGCCGUGCUCUGAUUGGCUGUAUAUUUUACCUGCUGAGUGCGUUCCCGUCGCUAAGCGACACUUCAGCCUUGUUUGGGGGGGUCAGUCCAGGGGGGCUGUCAAACGGGGGACAGGGACAGGAUUACUGGGGACACGUCUUCUGGGACCAGGACACCUGGAUGUUCCCCAGCAUUGCACUGUUCUAUCCCAAAUUGGCCCGCGCAGUCCUGGAGUACAGAGUACGGACACUACAGGGCGCUCAAGCCAACGCACAACAACAGGGCUACAAGGGGCUGAAGUACCCAUGGGAAAGUGCAGUGUCAGGCAGAGAAGUGUGUCCUGAGGACAUAUAUGGACAACAAGAGAUCCACAUCAAUGGAGAUGUCAUCAUGGCCUUUAAACACUACCUUUACCUCACACAGGACCUUCAAAUGUUUAAAGAGGGGCGUGGCAGUGAGGUGGUUUGGGGCGUGGCUGACUACUGGGUCUCUCGGGUAACCUGGAAUUCUGAGGACCAGUGUUAUCACCUCAAAGGAGUGAUGCCUCCUGAUGAGUAUUACUUCAAUGUUGACAACUCAGUGUACACAAACGCCGUAGCCAGGUACAGUCUUCUGUUUGCAGUUGAGUUGGCACAUCUCCUCCAGCACCCAGCACCCCCUGAGUGGCAAGAUGUUGCAGAUAAAAUUAAAAUCCCCUUCGACACAGAACUAAACUACCACCCAGAAUUCGAUGGUUACCAAAAAGGACAUCCAGUGAAGCAGGCCGACACGGUCCUGCUGGGCUUCCCGUUAGGGUUACCCAUGACCUCACAGGUCAGACGGAAUGAUCUGGAAUUCUACGAGGCAGUCACCGACCCUCGGGGGCCUGCUAUGACGUGGGGUAUGUUUGCAGUGGGUUGGCUGGAACUAGGAGAAGCUAAAAAAGCACAGGAUCUUCUGUUGAAGUGUUUCAAAAACAUUCAGGGACCAUUUCAGGUAUGGAGUGAGUCGUCAGAUGGUUCUGGUGCUGUGAAUUUCCUUACUGGAAUGGGGGGAUUCCUGCAAGCUGUGCUCUUUGGGUACACCGGCUUCAGGGUGAAGAGGGAGUGUCUGGAAUUCUGUCCGUUAAUACCCAGUGACAUUGGCAUACUCAGUGUGAAAGGUGUCUGUUACCUUGGUAACAAAAUGGACUGGCAGGUGAAGAGCCAGGAAGCAUGUGUCACGCUGAGGAAACAGGCUGAGGAUUUUGGGAAUGCUGAGCCGUCUGCACUGGAAAUCUUCCUGAAGAAUUCAGGAACCCGAUUACCCCUUAUACCAGGUGAGACGGUCACUUUCCCAUGGCAACCUGGCGAGAUACGGAAACAGAGCUCAGCCGCUUCCUGUUGGCCUCUUUGA